CCAGGCCAUAGCGCUGUAACAAUGAGGAUCGCCCAAAAUCGCGGGAAACGCGUCCCGCUUCAGGAUUUUAGCGAGACUGGUUUGUAAUAGGUAGCUCUCAAAAUAAUAAGGACGUCCAAGAGGUCGGGAUCAGGCGUCGUGCGAAAGCUGUCGCGAUAUAGAAAUGAACGACAGUCAGCCGGCCGAGAAUGUGAAAAUGCGAAAGGUGCGAGAGAAUUCGAUUGAGAAUACUGAGAGCACAGAUGAGAACAAUGUGGGCAGUAGCAUCAAGGACGAGCCAGUCUCCUCUCCUGUUUCUACCAGCAUGGAGGAAGAGAUAUCUUCCGAACAAGCAAUUGUUCCGAAUGUUUGUGUUGUCGAAUGUCCAUGGGUGUUGGGACAGUUAGCAUGGGCUAGAGUUGGCAAUUUCCCAUUCUGGCCCUGUGUUGUGACGCUUGAUCCCGAAACAAUGACAUAUCACAAAUUUAGAGUUUCAUCUAGGUCAAGUGUCUUAUUAGUACAUGUUCAAUACUUUGGGGACAAAGAGCGCCACAACUGGGUUACAAAAAAUUGCAUGAUGGAAUUCACAAGUAUUGAGGAUUUCAUGAAUCUUUCAAAGAUGUUAACACCUGAAAUGAAGAAGAAAGAUCCCAAAUAUGCUGCCGCUUUGGUUGUGAGGAAGGCAAAGAAAAAAUGGAAUGAAGCUGUAAAAGAAGCUUUGGAGGUGCAACAACUGACGCUUGAAGAAAGAAAUGAGCGUUUUGCGCCAAAAAAAAAGAAAAAGACUGAAAGGGCGAAGAGGAAAUUUUCGACUGACCUCGAUAAGCCUAAUGUUAAACGCACUAAACAUAAUAAUGUACAUAACGCAGAAAAGUCGAGCGUGUCAUCGCCUUCGCCACAUCAGUUUGAAGUAGCGAAACCAAAAACAAAAUCACGAAUAAAAAAUGGUAAACUGACGCCGAAAUUUUCAGACACCUCAUCAACCCCUUCAUCUCCAUCGAGUCAUAGAGAUUUUGUAGACGAUUUAAAAGCCAUUAAAAGCGAGGAGGACAUAUUCGAAAUCUAUUACCAAAGAAAUAAAGAAUUAAUGAUAAUUGAAUAUCCGGACACUCCGGAAGAGGAGAUAAAAGAAUACUUGCGAAGAACUUGGAACGGUAUGGAUAAGACUUUUCAGCACAAGUACGAAGUGCAUCUGACGGAAACCGGUAGCACGCACUCGAAAGAGAGCUCUCCGAUUCGUGACGAUGAGAUCUCGAUCGAGAUAAUUCACGUGAGUACGAAGGACGCUAAAAGAUUGAGAAACAAAAUAGAGAGGGAGGAAAAUUCGGUCGCGGUAGAAACGAAACGGUAUAGGCCCUACAAUAUCUUUAAAGGUCUAAAGCAAGAAAGAGUCUGUCAGAUUUGCGAAAAAACGGGCAAGUUGACGAGAUGCAAAGGACCUUGUUAUUCUUAUUUUCAUUUGUCUUGCGUAAAACCUAGCGAGUCUAGUCCAGAGCAUUCUGACGAGAGUACGUCGGACGAUAAAAUACUUGAGGAUUUAAACAUAAUUAGACAAAGUAUUACGAAUAGCGGCAAUAAAAAUAAUGAUAAACCGGAGGAGCAAGAAGAUGAGAAUUUUAAAUGUAUCGAUUGCCUGUCUGGGGUGGCACCUGCUUGUUUUAUAUGCAAUGAAAGAGAAGGAGAUAGAAUACGAUGUAUAGUGCCUGCGUGCGGAAAGCAUUAUCAUCCCGCAUGCUUAAAAUCGUGGCCUCAAUCGCAUUGGCAAGGUGGACGUUUGACCUGCUCGUAUCACGUGUGUCACACGUGUAGCUCCGAUAAUCCUCAAGACAAUCAUUCGCGCGCUCCAAACGAAAAAAUGGCGAGAUGUGUCCGUUGCCCUUCGUCUUAUCACGCGUCCACGUUGUGUCUACCGGCAGGAUCCGUAUUACUGACUGCUAGUCAGAUUGUGUGUCCGAAGCAUUACAAAGCACCUCCAUUGAAUGCGUCAUGGUGUUUUCUAUGCCCACGUGGUGGAAGUCUUAUUUGUUGCGACACGUGUCCGAAUUCAUUUCAUUUGGAGUGUCUCGGUAUUGACGCGCCCGACGGUGGAUUUAUCUGCGAAGAUUGCGAGACAGGUAGAUUACCUUUGUACGGAGAGAUCGUGUGGGCAAAACUCGGCCAUUAUCGGUGGUGGCCGUCUCGUAUAUGUUAUCCGCAAGAAAUUCCUGAAAAAGUAGAAUCUUUACCUCAUAGUCCUGGUAAAUUUUGCGUAAUGUUUUUAGGGUCUAAUGAUUAUUAUUGGGUGCAUAGAGGCCGCGUUUUCUUGUAUCAAGACGGUGACGCGAAUAUAAAGGCGCCCAUCGGUAAAAAGACUGUGACAGAGGAAGCGUAUCAAAUAGCUCUGCAAGAGGCGAAUAGACUGCAUCAACAAUUGAAAGCGCAGCGGUCCAGAACUAAGGAGUCGAAAGCAUUAAAACCGCCACCAUAUGUGAAAUUAAAAGUCAAUAAACCUGUGGGUAAUGUGAAGCCAACCGAGGUCGAGGGUAGUGUGGCGUGCGAAUGCAAUCCCGAAUGGAGUACUCCGUGCGCACCCGGCACGGAUUGUCUUAAUCGCAUAUUGCUGGUUGAGUGCAAUCCUGCGAUAUGUCCGGCUGGUUCAAAGUGUAUGAAUCAGUCGUUCGUGCUGCGACAGUAUCCGGAGAUGGAACCGUUUCACACCAAAGGUCGCGGAUGGGGCCUGAGAAGUCUGGAGUUCAUCCAAUCCGGACAGUUUGUGAUCGAGUACGUGGGAGAGAUCAUAGACGAGGCCGAAUAUAAACGUAGAUUGCAGCGGAAGAAGGAGCUGAAAAAUGAGAAUUUUUAUUUCUUAACGAUUGACAAUAAUCGAACGAUUGAUGCGGAACCGAAAGGAAAUCUUAGUCGAUUUAUGAACCAUUCUUGCGCUCCGAACUGCGAAACGCAGAAAUGGACGGUAAACGGAGACACGCGUAUCGGUCUAUUUGCGUUGCGUGAUAUACAGCUUGGUGAAGAGUUGACGUUUAAUUACAACUUAGCGUCCGAUGGGGAAACGCGGAAAAAAUGUCUUUGCGGUGCAUCAAAUUGCAGCGGUUUUAUCGGUUUAAAAGCACAGAAGCAACAAUUGCCAACGCUGCAAACGACAUCAACCAUGUUACCAAAGUCCGCUUUACAAAUAAAGAAGAUUGAUAAACGAUCCAAAAGAUUCAAAAAAUAUACGUGCUGGCGAUGUGGGGAAAUAAUAUCGGAUUAUAACAUACUUACAAUUUGUUCACAACGAACAUGUGGCAAAAAGUAUCAUGCUGCGUGUGUAGAAAUUGACGAUGUAGAAAAUAAAUUCUGCUGUCCGUGGCACUUUUGUUUAGAAUGUGAUCGUCGAACGACAGUGCACUGUUCAUUCUGCAGUAAAGCAUUUUGUCAAUUGCACUUUGAGGGAAAUUUACUUGAGCGAGAUAGUGAGAAGGGCGGUUUUGUGUGUAAAUUACAUGAAAACUUAGACGUCCACAAGUCCGUCGAGGACGAGAAAGAAUAUUCGGAUAACGAAACAGAUAAAGAAUAUUCUUCCACAAGUCCGAGUUCUAGUAGUCCAAUUGUAAUGGAAAAGGUUACGGGCCGAGAAUCGUCGCCAAGAGUUUCGAUCGUAGAGGUUGAUUUGAGCAGCGAAGAAAGCGAAGAAUCUCAGAAGGAAGAAGUCAGAAAUCUCGAAACUGCUUCUGUAUCGUGCGAUGCAAGUUCAAAGGCAAAAAAAGAAAAAACUCAAGUGAAGGAUUUAUGUAAUCUCACAUCUAGUCAAUUGGAAGCUAUAAUUGGUGGUAGUUUAAAUUAAUAUAAAUGAAGUACUCUGAGAGAUAUUUGAAGAAUCCUGUUUCACACAUAAUGAACAUUUAUGUAUAUAAACCUGUACAAGUUUUUGUAUAAGCCGCUCUGACUAAUUUGUUUCCUGCAAAACAUUUAGUUUACGCUCCGCAGUAAAGGAAUCAGUCGGAAUGACUGUAUUUAUGUCACAUAUAUAUAUAUACAUAUAUAUAUAUAUGUAGGCAUUUAUAUGUAUUCAUGUAACACUGUAAAAACGUAUAUAGAUAUAUCUAUACAUGUAUUUAUACACCAAUUUAAAUACAUAUAU